AGGAGGAGUGUGUUUGUCGGGCAGACAGUCAGUCAGGAGGACCGGAGUCCCAGCGGCAGUUUGGGAGAGUCUGAGCCGGGGAAACUGAGUCCACAUACGGGGAGAAGUCAUACGGGGGAAUCCGCAAUGAGUUGGGGAACGGAGCUCUGGGACCAGUUUGAUAAUCUGGACAAACACACUCAGUGGGGGAUCGACUUUCUUGAGCGCUACGCAAAGUUUGUCAAGGAGAGGCUGGACAUAGAGCAAAACUACGCCAAGCUGCUACGGAACUUGGUGAAGAAAUACUGUCCAAAACGCUCUAAAGAUGAGGAGCCGAGGUUCACAUCAUGUCUGUCCUUCUACUCCAUACUGAAUGAACUCAACGACUUUGCUGGUCAGAGGGAGGUGGUGGCGGAGGAGAUGUCUCAAAAGGUGUAUGGAGAGCUGAUGAGGUACAGCCAAGACCUCAAAUCUGAGAGGAAGCAUCAUCUACAGGAGGGCAGGAAGGCCCAGCAGUAUUUGGAUCAUUGCUGGAAACAGAUGGACAAUAGUAAAAGAAAGUUUGAGAGAGAGUGUAAAGAAGCCGAAAAAUCCCAGAUUAACUACGAUCGAUUAGAUAAUGACAUCAACGCCACCAAAUCAGAGGUGGAGAAGGCCAAAUCCCAGUUCUACCUACGGACUCACAUGGCUGACGAGAGUAAGAACGAGUACGCUGCUCAGCUACAAAACUUCAACGCAGAGCAGUGGAAACAUUUCAACAACGCCAUACCGCACAUCUUCAAGAAUCUGCAGGACAUGGAUGAACGUCGGACAGUGAAGCUCGGAGAGACGUACCGGAGCUUCGCUGAGGCCGAGCGGAGAGUCAUUCCCAUCGUCUCCAAAUGUCUAGAAGGAAUGGUUUCUGCUGCCAAAGCUGUCGACGAGAGAAGGGAUUCAGCCAUCGUCGUUGAGUCAUUCAAGUCAGGCUUUGAACCUCCAGGCGACUUCCCCUUCGAGGACUUCAGUCAGAAUCUAAGCAGAACGGGUUCAGACGGAACCAUCAGCAACACACCCAAAGGAGAGAGAGACAGCGCCCCAGGGCCACGAUCCGACCCGAAACACCCUAUGAGCAGAACCAAGAACAAGCUGUGGCUGUUCGGGAAGAAACCAAAGUCCCCUUCCUCCUCUCCUCCUCCUCCACCUUCCUCCUCCUCCCGUCCCCGGUCCACCUCCAACAUUUUUCCUUCAUCCCGAUUCAGCACUGAUCUAGUGAGCCACUAUCUGUCUGAGAUAAAGACUACAGUACCCAGAAUCCCCCAGAAUUUGAGGGGCCUGAGAAGAGGGGCCCCAUCUUUGGAGGAUUUCAGCCACUUACCCCCCGAACAGAGGAGGAAGAGGCUGCAGCAGAGGAUCGACGAGCUCAGCAAAGAGCUCCAGAAAGAGAUGGAUCAGAGAGACGCCCUGAACAAGAUGAAGGAUGUGUAUGAGAAGAACCCACAGAUGGGAGACCCCAUUAGCCUACAGCCCAAAAUAUCAGAGACCAUAUGUAACAUGGAGAAGCUGCGCUCGGAAAUCCACAAAAACGAGACUUGGUUAUCUGAGGUGGAGGGAAAGCAGAGCUCCAGGGGGGACAGAAGACACAGCGCUGACAACCACCAUCACACUCCUCAAGGCAGAGAGAGUCCUGAGGGCAGUUACACAGAUGACACCAGCCAGGAGCAUCACACACCUCACCGCCGCGCGGGCCCUCCACAGCCCGGGAAACCGACACCCGACCCGCACGAGUUUGACGACGAAUUCGACGACGACGACCCGCUGCCUGUCAUCGGACACUGCAAAGCGCUCUACUCCUUUGAUGGUCAGAACGAGGGGACGCUGGUGAUGGCAGAAGACGAGGUGCUGUACAUCAUCGAGGAGGAUAAAGGCGACGGCUGGACGAGGGCGAGGAAGCAGAGCGGCGAGGAGGGCUACGUCCCCACCUCCUACGUAGAAAUCACCCUGGAGAAAAACAGCAAAGGUGCUGUCACUUACAUCUGAAGCUACACUGUCCUCUCAUCCGUCUGUCAUCCUCUCCACCCUCCCUGCUCUCUCUGUCCCUCAAAAUAACACUACAACAAGGAAAAAAAGACAACAUCUGCACACCUGCAUGGACAUUCAUGUGUUUCCCUUUCCUGAUUUCCAUCCCGUCUCCCCAUCCUCCUCCUGUUUAUUCCUCUAACUCUGUAAUCAUUCAUCUUCAUCUCCCUCUCACAUCUGUGGGACUGAUGUUUCAGAGGUGAGUGUUUGAGCACAAAGGCAAAUAGGAAAAAACCUAUUUGAUGGUGUUUGAGUGGUUUGUAUAUGAGGUCUCUCUGCGUGUGUAUGUGUGUGAGAAAGAUGUCUCUACUGCUGUUUUGAGCCCAGCACAAGGCUACACCACUUCUUCAUCGAUCAAAGUGUUUAAGAUUGUUUAAUGUAAUAUAUUAGAAAUGUAUUUUUAUUUUUACUUGUUAAUUAUUUUGAUGUUUUUAAACUGGAGACGUUUAAAACUCCCUGAUUUCAAACUCUUUGGAUUCAUGUGUCGACAUAAUUUGAAGAUGUUUUGAUUUUACCUGUUGUUAUUUCUGUCUGAUUGCAGUGUGUGUGUGUGUGUGUGUGUGUGCCUGCACAAUUGUUUUAUUGUGUUACUUGUGCCAUCACACUAAAGGUUGAAUUAUUUUAAUACAGGUUUCAGCCUUGUUAGAGGGACCGUUUUCAUACUGAACAUUGUUACAGGAGUUUAGUCUUUUUGAUGCAAUGUGUACUUUCAGAGCUUAGAUGGACAUUUCAAAGAGUAAAGCUGAUUUUAUUCUGUAUUUUUCUAUAAUAUCAACCAGCAGACCAAGUUUCUGAAUACUUUUGGAGUUCCUUAAGCUGUCGGUCUCCAAGUAAAUCUUUAAAUGUAGGUCACAAAUAUAUAGUUUCAUUUAAAAUAAAGGCGCAACCUUUAACAGCUGGUCACUGUAGGUUUUAGCAAAAAUUACUAAAACUGUAAAAAGUAUUGCAUUUUUGGAGACUAUUUUCAGCAGUAACCAAUAUGCUUUUGGUGCUCUGGUGCAGUGAUUGCAAAUAAUGACCUGCAUAAAGUCCCUUAGGAAGAACAUUACAAUUUUAUGUUAUAUUUUGGUUAGCAGGAUCAAUUCUUUGUUGGUUUUGGUCUUUUUAAUGACAUUCUCUAACAAAAAGAAGAUAUCGAAUAUCACCAGCUGUAUUCUUUAACUCUUUCAGCUUUAGGAGGUAAAGUUAGGAAUAUGUUAGGAGGUGCAGUAUGAAAACGGUUUCACUGCAGUUAAAUGAGGCGGUAAGAAUAAUUCUUAUAGUUCUCACUGACAAAUCGUGUAUUUGAUGUUAUCUUUCACCCAUUAACUGACUGUUUAUGGUCAUUGUUUGAGUCACUGAUUAGAAGCAGCUCUGAGCAUUAGAGAGUUUCCAUUGAUAUCCAUCAUGGAUUAAUCCUCUUUUGCAGGUGUUUAACAGAAACACCAUCCAUCUCAAUAUAAUCACGUUUUGAAGGGUGAUUACUGCAGCCAACACCUUGUAGUACAAACAAGGGUGCAGAAUCAUGGCACCCAAAUAAACUGAGUGACUGUAUGCAGAGAACAGCUAACUGGAACACGUUGCUACUGCCAGCUCUUACAUAUCUACUGGUAAAAUGUGUUUAAAGGGGAGGCUGCCAAAUGUAACAAAGGUUUGUGAACCUGCUGCUUUAUUGUUUCUGCAUAACAUCACAAAACUGAGCACUGGGUUUGAGGACAAUUCAGUUUCAAUCCAUCUACAACAUGUUGGGCUUUUUAGUUUUAUUCUGUACUGCAUAUAUGAAAGCCUUGGAUAAAAACACAUUUCUAUUUUUAAAUAUGUAAAUUAUUUGAUGCAAAUUAAUAGCAAAUGUCAAAGGUACCAGCAAAAACAGUUAAAGGUGACAGUAUCAUUCAGUCCAGACCGAGUGAAACAUCUUGACAACUCCAUGAAAAGUUAGUAUGUUACAAUGGCCACAAGCCUGUAGUCUUCUUAAAAGAUAAAGAAAGAGAGAAGGAUUGUCCCGGCAGCUCUGACUGCUAAUGACAUAAACAGACCGAAUAUCUUCUUCCUUUUUUUCCACUCUGAAUGUGAAUUGUCCUCACCCCCCCGAUGGAAAACCUGAAUUCUCCUUUUAAAUCCCAGUGAAUUGGCAGAGUCUCUCCUGAACACAAAACCUACCUUCUCAACCUCAAUCAUGUUUGUAUAUGUGUGUGUGUGUGUGUGUGUGUGUGUGUGUGUGUGUGUGUGUGUGUGUGUGUGUGUGUGUGUGUGUGUGUGUGGUGUCUUUUAGUAACUGGCUCUCUCCUCUAUGUGACUGCAGGUUCCUGAGGGCUGCAGGGUGGCCGGGCGAUUUGAUUGGCUGGUGGAGGGCUCACGCUGAUUGCUGAUUAUUGGUGGUGGGGAUGGUGACGAAGGAAGAGAGUGAUGAGGGGGAAAGAGAGAGGUAGAGAGGGAAAGAGAGAUAACGUGGCAGGUUUGAAUGUGUGCAUGCUCCCAUAUCCGUAAUCAGUAAAGCAUUCUGGGAUACUAGAGGAAGAAGGGAGGGUCAUAAGUAGAGUAGUCCCACCCUGAACUGCAGGAGUUUAUACACUUUUUCUCCUGGUGGUGAAGCAGCCUGUGAAGACCUUUUCAGACCGGAAAGUGACAACUGCUGCAGUAGAAUCACACAGUUGUUUUCUCUGCUUCUUCGCUGACGUUUUACCAAGUAAAACCUCUGCAGCAGUGGCGGGAAACAGGAACAUUUGUGCUCAUUCAAGCUACUGAAACAAACAGAAGCUGCAACUUGCUGCUUCCCGGUCUGUAGGGGUCUUAAAAGAUGGGACUUCUGUGGUGGCUAAUAUAUCUUUUAACAGCCUUGUUUAGGGGAACAUCACAUCAGGAGAAAUAACCUGCUGAUGUUCUGCUCUCUGUGGGUGAAAACAUUCUAGCAUGUAACCUUGUUUUUUUUUUUACCUUUGACCCUGUUUAGACCUGAUAUUAACAUGCAUCUCUGGUGGGUAGCUCAAAGGAAGUCAGUUCACACCUGGCAUUAAGAUGCGUCUCGUGUGGCCACAAAUAAAACACUAUAGGGCUGUAACCCAUUAUUACUCUUCUCUCGGCUGUUCAAUAUGAAGACUAUUCGUCCCUUCGUUUUUUAGUUCAGUGCCACAUCAUCAGCCCUCCAGGAGAGACGCUCUGAGGUGGCUGUGUAAUUUUAUAUCUAUCUAAGCUUUAGAAAGUUUCUCCUUACUCAACUCUCAAGAAAAGGGUGAUUUUUAAAGGAGUCUGGGUAUAUUGCAGUUAUUAGUUUCUCUGCUGCUUUUCUUGGAGGUAAGAGUACCCAAACAGUUAAUUUGCAUUGCAGUGAAGCAAAUGGAAACCAGACAGCAUGUUUCGUUUGUCAGUUGAGUAGGCGGUCCUUCGAUGUGGCCCAGGACACAAUGCUAAAAGAAUGUGGUCACCCAGACCACCUCUGAAUGUCGUCUUAGAAAUUACACCUUAAUGUGUCUUAAUGCAUUCACACCUGUACUCAGAGCUGUCCUCUUGUGAUCGGAUCACCCAAGACGCAUGUUAAUACGAGGUCUAAAUAGGCCAUUUAACAGCAAAUGGAGAGCAACUGCUGUGACGCCACUCACUGGAGGUAAAAGUUACACGUGUACUUGAACGUUUCAGCUCAGAGAGAGCAGGUACAACAGCAGGUUUUCUCUUUAACUCAGUGUGAUUUUAUCCUUUAAUGAAGAACAGAAGCAUCUCCCCACCUCACUGAUUCACUGCCUGCUGUGUGCUUUAACAGGAUAAUUUGCCAUUCAUGUAUUAAAUCUCCUCUGUGGGUGCUGGUCAAAGUGUUGGAGGAAAAGUUUCUCAAAGGUGUUUGUAGUGGCUACCGUUCAAGCUUCUUUUGGUAGCUUUUUUUUAGGCUUUUUCACUUAAAUGAACGGGCUCCACAAACUAUAAAAUAGCAUCUUGACAAGAAAUUCUCAUCACAAACGAUGACGUGGCAACUGAGCAACUUCUUCUGCUGAAGAAGGCUACGAGAUGUGGCUGAAAGCUUCGGGAAAUAUCAAGUAAGUGAACCUUGUGAUGAGCUAUUUCUUGGUCAAAUUGCUAUUUUAAAGUUCAGGACUGGACCCUCGAGAUUUUUCAAUUUACUAUUUUUUUCCUUAAUAUAUUAUUGAAAUAUUUCCACUUGCCAUAUUCUCUAAAUCAAACUUUUCUCCCAGACUUUUGGUCCAGCUCCUCAUGAGGUGAAAUCAUUCAUUUAAAGUUCAGAAGAACGUCAGGGUCUGUUUGUUAAGGGUCAGUUGUGCUCGCAGUAUUUGCUGCCACUAACAAAGUCAGUGCUGCACUUCUCCAACUCAUCCCUGUAAUCAUCAUAAUCAUCAUCAUCUGUGCUCUGUUGGUGAUGUCUGCCUGCCUGCCUGCGCCACUCUGCUCCUCAUGCCUGCCUUCACCCUCAUACAGCCGCAUGUCCUUAACGUGUCCUAAAUGUGUCCCAAACAUGAUCGAGUGUUUCAUCCGUGACUUUAACUGCAACUUUAGGAAAGUGUGUAACUUUGGCCGAGUUGUAUGUCGAAUGCCAUCGUGACGUUUGAAUGGAAGUCCAGCAUGUGAAUGAUUUCUGUUUGCGUUAAAUAUAUAAUAAAACAGCAGCUGGAUGGAAUCAGAGCUACUCUUAGAUAGCAGGACUAUCAGGUGAAUACAGGACCUCUCUACAGCCUUUCUUUUCCCACUUUUCCUCUCCUUUUCCUACGGGGGUUGUAAUUCCACCAGUCGACCAGCAGAUGGGAGCCUUCCCUCACCGAACCACCGCUCAGCUCCAGCAGAACUGGGACACUUUUUAGUAACACCAAACAUCAAGAGGAGCUCCGGUGUCUCUGACUCUGCCUUAAAACUUCAUGUCGUUUUACCGUGGAGGGAUUAUUCCACACUUACACACAUAUCUGGAUGUGUCUGCUCGUCCGCCUGACUACAUCUCCCAUCAGCCACCUGGGUUCAGCCCCGCCCUUCUCGGGGACCCUCAUCUCCUUGGAACCCCCCCCCAUUUAAUCAGUUUUAUUAGUGAAUGUGACGACACACGCACACAUGUAUCCACGACAUGUUCGCACGACAUGUUCGCACGUCUAUGGAAAGCCAAACAGUCCAAAAACCGUGUAUGUUUCCGGGUGUUUGACUUUCCAUACAGGUUAACGUGUAAAUGUGUGUACAUGUGCCUGUGUUACAUGCGUGAUGUUGUUUACCAUUGAAUGAUUUGUACAUAUUAACACCUUUUUAUGUCAUACUGAAUGUGUUUCCAUGGUGAUUGUUUUUAGGUUUGUUUGAUCGACACUCUUCAUGAGAGACAACAAGGUUUGAAUUGAACUGAUGCACUUUGCCCUGAAGUACUACAGCAUUUGAAUCUGAGUAAAUGGACGAGUAAAUGAAUGAGUGAUUGAAUGAAAAGUCUGUGUCGUCUGCUGAAGGAGGUGUGAACUUUAUGAAUGACCACUGCGUCACAGCGAGAAAACAAAAAGAAACGAGCUCUAGUAAUUCUCUCUUCCUGAUGGUUUUUAUACUCUUUGUAACUCUUGACGAGCAUUGACCAACUUUCUUUGCAUGAUUUUCUAGAUUCUUUGAAUUCAUUCAUCUUUCUGGUGAUUUUUUUUUUUUUUUUUUUAAACCAUUCACUGUAUCUCUUCGAUAGACUAACAAAACUACACAUCUGAAGUAAAGUUUGACUUCCUUUUGAUGCUAUUUAAGACAAAAAUGCCACUAAUGAUUCCGCUUUUGUCGAUCCAAACAGCAGGUGGCAACGCCUUGGUUGUAAAUCUGUGUUUCUUCGAUGAAGCUGUGAAAUGUACAGAAUGAUGCUGUAGGUGUUGUUACUUGAACUCUCACUCACACUACUCCACGUUUCCUCUCCCGCCUGCGAGUUUGCAUCGGAGAAAACUGUCUGAUAUUGAGAGAAAAUCUCUCUCCACAGCCUGACGUUGUUACACCUGCAGAUUAAACAAGGGAGACGCAGAUUUUGUUACCCUUUGGACAGAGCCCGGCUAGCUGUUUCCAUCUGUUUCUAGUCAUGAUGCUAAGCUCAGCCAACAGGCUGCUGGCUGUACCUUUAUAUUUGAUUCAUAUUUACAUUUUAUAAACUAAACUAUGAUGUAAGAUAGGUGCAGUCAAGUGUUACAUAGAUUGUUUUGGUCCUACCGUUAUAAAGCAAUUUGGGCUGCAAAUUGUUCUUCGAUAUGGAUUUAUUAUUUUUGAAUGUUUAGUCUAUAAAAUGUUAAAAGAAAUGAAUAGUGAAUAAUGCCUAUUAAAAGUUGUAAGAGCCCGAGGCAGUGUCUUCCAGUGCUAGUUUCGUUCAGUCAAAAACCCAAAGAUAUUCCAUUAAUGAUGUAAAACAGAGAGGCAGCAAAUCAUAUGAGAAGCUCCAGCCAGUGAGCAUUUUUAUAUUUAAAAAAAAAAUAAUAAUAAUAAUACCAGCUUCAGCACUAAACCCUGCUUGUAAUUGUAAAUGCGCACUCAGGCAUACCAGAGCUAUUCGUAGUGGACAUUAUAAUCCUCUGAUGUGACAAAGAUAAAGGCAGUGAUAUACAGAAGCCACCUCUGUGUCCUCAUAAGUUAGUGUUUAUGUUGCUGUGAGGACGCUUGCAAGGCAUUUCUCUCAAACAGACGCUCCAAAUGUUUCAGUUUUACCCUCAAAUUUCCUUCUUCACUUCGGCUCAGGCCUGUUUGGAGUGUACUGUCCCUUUUAAAUCAAAGAAUACAUGAUGACUGUGGUAACGCAGCAGCUUUGAAACUUUACCAAAAGUCCCAUUAACGGUUCAUUUUUGAUACCAAUAAUACAUAAAAACUGUGAGCUGUGUAUUAUAAAAGCCACUGUGCUGUAAUUCUGAAUAUUAUGCAAAAAAUACAUAACAAAUCAGCUUUGAGAUGCUAAAUAAUGAUAAAGUUAGCAUUAAGUUCUUGUACAAUAAAAACCUGCCUACUACUGUGAGCGUGGUGCUGAAACACGACGACUUGUUCUACAUUCCUCUUCUUUUUAAACUCCGACCAUCACGUUUGUCCCGUGGGAAACCGUCGACGACCAUGUACAGAUUCUCUCCAGCUGUUUAACUCCAGAUGAAAAGCCUUUUUCUUUUUAAUCCAAUCACAGUAAAUGAAAUCAACAGCAGGUACAAGUGAUUCUGCAGGAUAUUAACAUCCAUGUAAAUGUGUGUUUUUACCAUGUUGUAUAUGUUGUAAUAACCAAUGGCAGUACUUCUCUUUCCAUAUUGUUGUGCACAUCUUUUUACUUUGAAUGUUGUCGGACACUUUGUGAACAAAAUGCUUUUUUUUUUUUUUGUUUUCUUCUUCCAAGAUAUUGUUCUAAUAAAAUAAGCAGCAAUGAAAAGUG